AUGGCGGAUGCAGGAGACGACUUAUUCUUGUUCGGCGAUGAUUUUGAGGCAAUUUUAGACCUUCUUGACGAAGAUGAAUCACUACAGGAACAAUUUUCAACUGUUGCUAGUGAAGUCGAAUCAACAGAGAUCGUGUGCAGCGACUGUGGAAAAAAGUACAAAUCAAGAGGAGGCUACCAAAGGCACAGAGCUACAAAGCACAAUGCAGAUCAAAACGCACAUCAUUUGACUUUGACGCCAAGCAUUCUUGCCGAGAUAGUAAACAAUGCUUUGAAGAACAUUAGUGAAAGGGAAGUGUUUGCAGCAGAUCUAAGGAACGAAUUAAAACAAUAUGAAUAUGAAGAGCCUGGAGGAGAAACACAAGAAUUCACUGUGAUAAAGAAAUUAUUUGAAGACUAUUUCAAAACUGGGAAUGCUGUGAAAUUCUAUGGCAACUACUAUGCUCAAGUACCAUUGAAAUCUACAAUUUUUUUCAAAGGACUGUCUCGUAAUGCUGCAACACUUCUUGCGACCAAGGUAGCUGAUUUUAUUCUAUCCUUCUGCAAAGGCAUCACGUCUUCUGACAAAAACCCACCUUCUGUUCAAACAAUGCUGUCAGAGAAAGAACAAGCUGGUCUGCAGUAUGUUGGUGGAUAUGUGUUGCAUAACUUGCACAAAAAGUAUGCAAGAAAGAACACAACUGAGAGCCAACAGGCAAUGGCAAUCUUGAGAGCUGGUAAACUGGAGCAUGGAUAUGAGAACCAAAAACUGGUAUCGAGUUUAAACCGUGGGGGGUUGUGGAACAUUACAAAGUAUGCACAGAGCAUUUUCCUCAAAACAGAGUGUCAUUUUAGACAAUUAACUUCAGUAAAUUCUUUGCAAAAAGUGGAUAUUGCUGGCAUAGUGCAUAACACAAUAACUGACAGUGCGAUAUUGUCAAGCUAUCAAUGUAUGGUUUCAGAUGCAGAGCUAAUACCCAAUGUUGAAGUAAGCAACAAUGUCUUCCAUGCUAUUGUAUGUUUAUAUAUAAGGGUGCGGUCAUUUUCUUGUGCUAAAGACAUCAUUCAGCGCUACAAAAUUAAUGCAAAGCAGUCAAAGGGUAAAGCGCUCCGAAAGGAGAUCAUGAGGAGUCAUGAACAAGAAACAGUUAGGCAAGAUUAAAAUAAAACAUUUUAUUAUCCUAAGUAAAACAUGGCAUUGUAAAAAAUUUGUUAAUUAUUUUUUAUGAAUGUUUUAAAACACUUACAUGUAUCAAUUAUCAAGAACAUUUGAAUUAAGAACUGUUCACAUACAAUGUAAAGCCGAAUUUACCAUGCCACGAAAAGUCCUGUGCAUGACAUGUUUAGAGUCCUGGGCCAGGUUGUUAAAAGCUGAGUUAAGAUAACCCAGAAUUAGUGCAAUAGAGAAAUUAUCCUGGGAAAUGCCUUCUGAAGGACAAUUAUUUUAUGUACUAUAAUAAAGACAAGACACCUGGUUGUUCAUGUUGGAUUAAAAGUAAAAAAGAAAUGUUUUUGUUAGUCAUCAUGAAUUUGAGAGACC